AUGGCGAUGAUGAUGCCGAGCAGCAGUGGCGAGGGACUAUCUAGCUUGCCCAUGGAGGCGAAUGCCGUGGUAGCGGUGUCGGUGGACCCCAAACUGAUGGUGACCGCAGACCGCGGUGACUGUCAGCAGCUGAAAGAUCUGCUGAGCAAAGAGGAUUCAACAACAAAGCCUCUCCCGGCAGUCACCAUGAACCCCCUCCUGCUAUCAUCGGCGUGCUCUGGCUCUUGGCAAGACUUGGAACAUCUUCUCAACAGUGGAAGCAGCCCAUCUGUCAGGUAUAACCAAAAAUUUCUUGACCUGCUAACGGCAUACAGCUCCGACAGCUGCAUCAACAAGAGCGCGUCGGCGCAGAAAGCUCCUGAGGAUGUUGAAGCAUCUCUGAACCAGCUGCCUUCGGUAUCUGCUUUGUCACUCCUGGAGGGGGUCACCAUUGAAGGGGGCACUGCAUUGCAUAUGGUGGCCACAUAUGGUGACAGCGAUGGCUUCUUGAGGAGCGCCGACAUCAUCCAUAGCAAGGCAAAACACCUUUUGUUUGUGCAAAACAACAAUGGCGACACGCCCCUGCAUUGCGCCUCACGGGCCGGGAUGUCUCGAAUGGUCUCUCAUCUCAUUGGACUGGCCAGCUGGGACGAGGAUAAUACAGGUGUUAACAAAGGGAAGGAACUGCUGGAAAUAGAAAAUAAGGAUAAGGAGACAGCAUUGCAUCAGGCAGUACGCAUUGGGAACAAUAGUAUAGUCAAGCUGCUUAUGAAGGAAAACUCAGAGUUGGCCAGUUUUCCGAAACAUGGCACUUCACCUCUGUACCUAGCCAUAUUGCUGGAAGAGGACAUCAUUGUUGAGACGCUUUAUAAUGCGAGUCACAUGAAGCUUUCUUACUCUGGGCAAAAUGGACAGAAUGCAUUGCAUGCUGCAGUUCUUCGAGGGACAGAGCUUACAAAAAAGCUCCUGGAAUGGAACAAUGAUCUCACUACACAAAGGGAUGAAAAUGGGAGUACGCCUCUCCAUUUCGCUGCAGCUCUUGUACAGCAAAGUCAUCGAGGAAGUGUAUGUUCACUAAUAUUGGAAGCUAACCCAGCUGCAUUGUAUCAAUCCGACAACAAAGGAUUAUUUCCAAUACACGUUGCUGCCUCUGUUGGCGAAAGAGGGACAAUCAUCAUGUUUCUUAAGAAGUCUACAAGCAGUGCUGGUUUGCAAGACACUAUGGGAAGGACAUUCCUUCAUAUAGCUGCUGAGAAUAAUAAAGUUCGGAUUGUCAGUUUUGUUUGCAGAAAUCAGUCAGUCUCAUGGAUUCUGAACAUGCAGGACUAUGCUGGAAACACUGCACUACACCUAGCUAUCCAGGCAGGGAGUCUUGUCAUGUUUUGUGCUUUGUUAGGGAAUCGGCAAAUACAUUUAAAUAUAUCAAAUAAGAAAGGGCAAACUGCUCUAGAUAUAUCGCGAUAUAAGAUUCCCCCAGGAUUGUUUGAUGAUCAGAAUAGUGAAACAAGAAUACAUUAUGCACUCAAAGUCGUUCAUGCUAGGAGUGGUAAUUGUCGUCGCGAUCACUUUGAGGAAAACUACAAUCACCAGUUAAAACAUACUCAAAGAGAAGAAUUGAAGAACAUGAAAGAAUCAACACAGACACUGUGUAUUGGUGCAGUUCUAGUUGCAACCGUGACAUUUGGUGCUACUUUCGCCCUUCCUGGAGGGUACAGAGAUGAUGAACAUACUAAUGGAGGCACACCAACACUUGCUGGGAGGUAUGCUUUUGAUGCAUUCAUACUAGCCAGCACAUUGUCCUUCAUCCUGUCUGCAAUGUCUAUCGUGGGCCUCAUGUAUUCAGGUUACUCUAUUUUAAACCCACACAGUCGCAGAAUUUACUUACUGGUAGCCUUAUAUUUUGCGUCAAUGUCGAUCACAUGCUUCAUGGUAGCUUUUGCACUAGGUUUGUAUAUGGUGCUAGCGCCAGUUGCUCAUAAGUCUGCCAUCACUAUCUGUGUCAUUAGCCCUCUUGUUAUCCUAUGCAACAAAACAGAAUUUUGGAUAAAGUGGGCUCUUUUAGCACGGCCGUUAUGCACUCGAAUUGGGCUAAUUCGCACAUUGGUAUUGGUAACAACAAGAAUACUAUUCAACACAUUGAUGGAAUUUUGGCCCAUUAUAUUCAUUUUUGUCUGGGCUGCAUAUACAAGGAACCAGUUCUAGAAAUGGAACCGAAUGAUACAACUACCGGCAACCCUGAUGAAGAUGCCUCAAAUACAACAUUUUUUGGGCGAGGUGUUUUCCUUUGGCCUGUUAGGGAUUUCGGAUUUAGUGUAGUCUCCAUAUUAUUUUUCUUGUCCAUCUUUUUUUAGAAAAAGUGUUUCGGUAAAUGUUAUGUAUCUUUUUGUUCAAGA